UGCACCGUUGAGUCUUUCACUUCAACGUUCCUGAGCUUGGACAAGCUGGUCCCCUCUGCUCUCGCUGUUGACACUGCGGGGGUUUGCACAACACAGCCCUUCGCUCGGCAGCCGCUGAAAACAGCAGAUUUGCAUCCGCUUACGGUUUUACGGCAGAGUCUGAGCUGCCUCGACGGACGGCGCCGCUGAGAAGUGCUCAUAAAUAGUGAUGAUAAAUCGCAUCAGUGUGGAAAUGAGCCAGACUUAGACACCUGGGCUCGUUUCCAAGGAGCCGACUUCACCUUUUCUUUUUGAGCUUUUUGAGAUGAGAGCAAACCUGUAUAAAAAAAAUCCUUUUAAAAAGCACUCUGUAAGGCGUCUCGACACAAACAUCUUCCCUUCAGCAAUGACCUCUUCAUCCUCUUCGUCGGGCGCUAAAGAGGGAAGAACAUGUGGCCUCGUGCGGUGGAAUUAAUGCGGCUCAUUUUCAUAGCACUUGUAAUGUGACGCUAUCGAUCGCGGGACCGCUCGUUUCACACAAACGACCUCGCCGGGUAGAAGGACGAUUUUCUCCUUAUGUCAGAGUGCAUGUUCAAGGGUACGUUGACUUAACUGAGCUGCAUCAUAGUACAAACUAUAGCACGCACAUUUACCUGUAGCUCCACGCAUGUAACCGGUGUAAUCGGUGUCUGCAAACACACAUUCGCUGUUGCAUCGCUGUACACCGCGUCUCUGCCGCAGUCAUCGGAUCAGUUGACUGCCCAUGAGUAAGUGCCAGCUUGCUGUCAUGUAAAUUGUAUCUCUCUCUCUCCCUGUUCCUCUCAUAUCUCAUAUUUUCCUUGAAGUAACUCUGAAUCUCUCUCUCUGUGUCACACUGAUUCAUCAUUUUGGAUAAUGUGUCAUGUUUUGGCUCCUGGUUGAGAUCCUUGCUUGUUGCUGAUCUCUCGCUUUGAAGAGAAACGUGAAAUGAAAUAUGCGUUUGUGGUGUGCAGGUGAUAUUUUCCCUAUUAUCUGGCCAAGAUGAUGUAGCCGCUGCCCAUUACCUCCUCCUCCUCCUCCUCUCGUAUAUAAUGAUGUUGGUGACAAAGCAAAAACUGCUACUUUAGACGUAAAGUAAUCCAAAAAUGUGAUCCCUCUAUGUCUCAUUAAAUGCUUUCCGAGAAACAUUUCUCUCAAAGAGUUGAUCAAAGCAUGUUUCAGAACUCCACUGCUCAGCAGCAGAGUCCCCAGAUUUCCAGGCCAGGUCAACCCUCCUCCGCCCGACGCUCCCUGGCAUCGGCUAAUCCUAAUCUGGGCUCUGGAAGUGUCGACUCUUCGUCCUCCGGAGGCCAGCAUAGGCUGAAAAAUGCCAUUAAUCUUGGCAAGGCUGUCGGUGCGAAGGUCAAUGACCUGUUAAGGCGGAAGGAGCCCAGUCAUCACGGGGACAUCGGCGUCACCGAAGUCAACAAAAAUGUCGGCGCUGUUUGGAGCUGCAUGGACCAAACGACGGCCAACAGUCACGUCUCCUCCUUCAACUCCUUCCCUCGGCUGGACCCGCCGCCGCCGUCAGGGAAGAAGCGCCUCCCACGAGCCUUGAAGACCACACAAGAUAUGAUGAUCUCCUCCGACCCCGUGGUCUCCUCUCCGGAAGCUGCAGACACCCCCUCAUUCAUGCCCUCCCCGGGAAAGACGCCUCUUAUUUCUCAGGAGGAGGAGCAGCAGCGGCGGCGGCAGGAGGCCGAGGCGUCGGCGGAUAUCGAUGUGGAGAAGAACGCCGCUGCUCAUUCUGAGCUGACGGGGCGCGACAGCAAGGCGGAUGGAGUGGCAGGUGGGGAAGAUGUCAUAGAAGACAGGAGCUGUGACGGAGACAUGGAGGAGCUCCAGCUCCAGCUUCAGCUCUCUGUGCCAGACCUCAUCCACAAAGACCCGCCUCUGCCGGAGCCCCGAGCCAAACCCUGCGACGUCUGGCAGAAGGCGUCAGGGCCAGACUCCCGGCUGGCCUCCACCCCCUGCUCCGGGAAAACGGCCUGUCGCAUCAGCCUGGGCGAGGAGGUCCUGCUGGGGAACGGCAAAGGCACCGCAGUGGGCGCCGAAGACGCCGAGCCCCACCCGGACCUGCUGUCGUUUGAGUAACAAGCAGAGCCGAGAUACGAGCUCCAGAUACCACUUCAGUAUGAUUCAAAAAGAAAAGUUUGGAACUGGGCGCAAACGUCUGUGGCGUUAAUUUCAAAGGAGGAUGAAAUAUUCACUCACUGCCACUUCUCAUUAAAUAUACAAAGCUUUUUUUGCUUUUCGGGGGGAAAAGGGAACAAGAACUUCCAGACGGCGCGGCUCAGAGCUCAGAUGAGUUCAAAAUCGAAAUGAUACCGUAAAGAUGUGCGAGGUCAGUCGGGCCAUACGAGCUUAUUACUUUAAAGACAAAGACAGAGCAGUGAUAGAGAAGGACGCUUCAGUUUAGUGAAGAUUUAAACAAAAACAAGUAAGAAAAAAAAAAAAAAAGAGUCUUUUUACCACGUUUUAUCUCUUAUGACAUGUUAACAAUGUCAGGUCUGCUUUCAGUCGUUGAAACAAUCGCGUUAUCGUGUAAUGAAUGUAACUUUUAUGUCGUGAGUUAUCACUUAAAAAUGAGCUAGUGGUGAGCAUGAAAGAUUUAGUACUGAUUUUCUUUUCCUUCUACAGUGUUGAGCUAUUUUAUUAUUAAUCAUCAUUUAACUGCAAGCUGAUCACAUUUUAAUCCACAUAAAGGGACACUGUGUUACAGGAUUGUUAUUAAUUCAUAUUAUAUAGACGCUGCUGUUUGAAACCAGUUAUCAACGGCAACUAAUAGAAUAUUAUAUAUAUAGAUAGAUAUAUAGAUAUAUAUAUUUCAUGUAAAUGGCAGCGUGAUGGGAAACUGACUCUGGAGAGGAAGAAGGAAACAAAGUGUGGGAAGCUGAAUUGGACGAGGACGUUGUUAGAGGAGGCGAAGGUUUUGGGGGAAGUUCCCUUUCAGUUCAGUCGAGUAGAAUAUUCCGAUCACGAUUGCAACCUUUUGACCCUGGACUUUAUCCAUAUUAAAUCAUCCUCUCUACCUUUGAAUUCAAAUGAGCUGGUCCUCAUCUGCACUGACCUUUAGCAACGUGUGUGGCGCACUCGGAGAGAGCGGAGGGGAGGGGAGGGGCUUUUGAACCCUAAAAAGCUGGAAAACACGUGAAGUGAAAGAUAAGUUACAUGAAUGAGAUAUUAGAACAAAUCAAACAGUACAAUAACUUACUUCUGAAGUUUUUAUAUCUGAGUGGGGACACAUUACACACACAAUCCCCACCACCUUACCCUAACUUUAAGCAUCACAACUUAGUGCCUAACCCUAAAAAAAAACACAUCUUAACUCUGAAGAAGCCCUGAAGAAUAUUGAAGCAACAAAAUGUCCUCACAAAGCUAGAUUUUUUUUAUUUUUUUAACCAGAAACAUGGCUAUGGCCUUAUUAGGACCGGGUUUUGGUCUCCACAAGGACUCUUUCAUGCCACAAAAAGGUCCUAUGUUAACCAUUAACAUAUCAUUUCUUUCCCCUACCCUGCGUUUUAAUAUCAUAAACUCUUUAUUUUACAUGAUUUAUACGUUUAAAUAUAGUGUAGGUGACACUGAUGAGCGCUGACAGCGGCACACUAGUUUAUUCAUUUAGUUCCCGUCGGCAGGUAAAUUAGUUACGGCUGAUAUUAACACCGUCAACACGUGACUCAACCGUAAUGUUUUGGUGCUUUUUUGGUAAAAAAAAAAAGAAAAGAAAGAAAAGUCAAUUGGCUCCUUUUAUUCGGAGAAAAAGGUCAAUUAUUUCAGAAUUUGCAACUAAGCUUAGAUCUGAUGAUGCGAUGCCAUUAACCAGCCUGAGCUGAACUGACUGAACUGAAAGUGGAUUUUUUGUUGUGUGUGUGUGUUUCUCCCAAAACCAGACAGACUGUCAGGAUGAAUGAGCAGAGAAACGUUGAUUAUUCUUUUAUAUUUUGAAGUACAAAAGAAGGGCAGGAUAAUUAGUUAUCAGUGGAAGCGGAUGAAAGAUGUGUAUUUUAUUCAAGCAGAUUGUCGAGUGACAGACCAAAGGCACACAUUAGCAGCUCAGUCAGACAGGUCGAGUGUAAAUAAUUCUUUCUGAAGUUGACAUUCCCUCCUCCUUUAUUUCCACUACAUCUGCUUAUGAAAGAGUGAAAACCAAAGUCAAAGCAUUUCUGAUGUUUUUAGUCGAAAUUCGUGUCAUUAUGCGUUGAAUCGUCUUGACUUUUCUGACUCUGGACGUCGAAUGGAAAACAAUCACACACAAACGCACACAGACCCCAAAGCUGGAAGUGACCGCCGCUGCGUCCUCAGACGAGAGUGAAGCGGACACAGAGGCAGCUGUAGUGGUGGUCGGGUCACGUCCAGCAGCAGAAUGAGAGGAAUGUGGAGCCUGGACUCUGACAGAAAAGACGCCUUUGUCUCGCUGACUUUUGUCUCACGCGUGUUUUUGGAAAGGUCACUUCGGACGUUUCACACGGACCAAACCUAGAAGUCAGUCAGUCCCAAACAUGUUGUUUUCAUCACGUUAUCGAAAGUCUGGACCGGAGCUUUCCACACUUUUUUUUUAAAGUUGACAGAAGAGCAAAUUUGCACAUAAUUUAACAACUUCUCAUACUGCCAUUUCUGUGACUCCCAAUAUUAUUUUGAAAAGGUAAAUCAGCUGCCAACGCAGAUUAACACAUUUCAGAAGAAAUCUCUAAAUGAGGUGACUGGACAGGGCUUGUAAUCAGAGGGUUGCCAGUUCCAAUCCCCCUGCCAGGUCCAGUGCUGUGGUCCCUCAGAGCAGGGAGUCAAUCCCACUGCUCACUUUUAUUUGGACACUCAGGUUCCAGCCGUUUCCUAACCUGGAUUAGCAGAUUAUCUAUCUGCUGUUGUGAUCCCUCGAGAGCAAGAAGCCAAAAGGACAAUGUUUUUUCUUUUUAAUUUGGGCAAAUUCAUUCUUUAAAGCAACUAUUUUACCUUAAAAGAGGUGGAGACUCCGUUUUAUCAGCUUGAUGUAGAGAUUUUAUUGAAAUCGCCCUGAUCAAAACACUAAAAAUAGGGCAAUAACAUCACAGUUAUACAUUUAACAUAGAGAUUUUUGGCUUUAUGCUUGAUGUUAUACCCAUUUUCUGUAUUUGUUUCAUGAGGCACUGUAGAUUUUUGGGCCUGAAUUGCAAAGUCAACAACAGUGAAAUUUAAAUCACAUGCUGCUCAAUCCAGAUUAUUCCCACAAACGAGACCAGAGAGACACAAACGCAGAGAUUACUCAUAGAAAAAUCCCCACAAUUAAGUGAACUAUUAUGCUCAGGAAUGACUCCAUCACUGACAGUGACAUGUAGUGAGGUUGUUUUUAGGAUAAUCCAGUCUGAUAAUCCAGUCUGUCUCAUCUCACAGGUAGUUUUUAUGUUGUUGUUUUUUUUAAACCUCACAGAUUUAAAUACACACAUUCACACACACACACACAGAGACUGACUGACAACAGCAGCUGUACAAAUUUCAUGAAAAAAACCACUAAACUACAUUUCUUUUGUAUUAUUUUCUUUUAUAAUGAAGGAACAACGUUGUAGAUUUUAUGGAAAUAUUCCAGCGUUUUUUUUUGCUCUCUGUUGUUUUAAUAUGCAAAUGAAUCUUAACUCUUAACAAAUGAAGGAUUUUUUUUUAUUUUAAUAUUCCACUUAUGGCCGAGUGUCUAUCCGUGCCUGACAGAUGAAAAGGAAUGAUCUCGCUUUCUGUGUUUUUAGGAGUUGGUAAAUAGGUGUUAUGUUUUGUGAUGAAUGAAUGAAGGAAGGAAGUGAAAUCACGGCACAAAUGGAACACGGAAUUCAUUAUUAUAUAUUUACACUGAUUGAAGAAUUGAAAAUAUGCCACGGAAAAAAAUCUACUAUUUGUAUUUUCCUAAUGUAUCUUUCGUUCUUUUUUUUUUUAAGAAAAUCUGGGGAUGUAAUAACUUUUUUGUAAUCUUUAAAGAAAACUGGAAAUAGAUCUAAUCAUGACUUC